AUGGAGAAAGUAUCAAUGGACGAAAGCCUUGAGAAGGAAUUCGCCACCAGUACCACUGCACAUGGCUUUGCCAGGGCAGCGGCGUCUAAAAGCAUCUCUAGAAGGAUCGCCUGGGUGGUGUUCAUUUUAGCAGGAUUGGGGAUGGCCACGUGGAUGAUCACUCUGCGCUUUAUCAACUACUUUAACUACUCCACAUCCACGGAGAUAAAAAUCACCUUUGAACCUACGCUGGCGUUCCCGGCAGUUACCAUAUGUAACUUCAACAGGUACAUGAAGAAAUUCCUGACAACAAACGACUAUUACGUCAUACAAGCGGCAAGUGCGUCGUCAGAUUACUACGAAUACUAUGACAACUAUAACUAUGGAUCGUCGAGUUAUUCCGGACCUUCGGGCUCUACCGGGUCAUCGGGCUAUUCUAGCAAUUCGGACUCAAUCGGAUCGUCCGGCUAUCCUAGCAGUUCGGGCUCUUCCGGAUCUUCGGGCUAUCCUGGACCUUCGGGAUACGCUGGCUCUACGGACUCUACCGGAUCUACGGGCGCUUCUGGGUCAUACCGUUCUACUGGCAGCUACGGCUCCUCUGGUCAGUCCAGAAAUGCUGCUUCCUCUAGAUCAGCUGCUUCUGACGCUGUUGCUGAUUUAGUAGAUGGAAUGUGGGCGAAUAUAUCAGAACUGUAUCCAAACGGAUUCGACUUUGGGAACUUCAGCAUGGAAAAGGGUUGGCAAUUGACCAAUGAAACUGUAUUGAAGUGUGAGUUCAAGGGAUGGUCGUGUGACCUUGACAAGGAUUUCCAACAUGUCUUCUCUUCCUAUGGGAACUGUUAUACCUUCAACGGCGAACUCCAUGCGAGGAGAUCGAGAUAUCAAGACCAACCGGGGCUUGGUAACGGCCUGCACUUGGUUCUCAAUGUAGAACAGGAUGCUCUUCCAAAGUGA